AUGACCAAAGUGGCAUUAAUCACAGGCGGAGCCAGUGGAAUGGGACUGGCUGUAGCCAACGCCCUAUCCUUACGAGAAGACUGGGAAAUCCACAUCCUCGACAUAAACUCAGAGCGCGGAGUCCACACAGCAAACCAUCUACCACGGACAACAUUCCAUUACGCCAAUGUGACCAAAUAUAGUGAUCUUGCAGCUGCGUUUCAGAGCAUGUUCCAGCAACAUAGCAGACUGGACUUUGUAUUCGCAAAUGCAGGUGUCAUCGAGCGCACCAAUUUCUACUCAGAGCACAGCAGGGAUGUAUGUCCGCCGGAGCCGGACCUACUCUCCAUCGACGCUGAUUUGAAGGGCGUUAUUUUCACAUCGUAUCUGGCCCAGCAUUAUUUCCAUCACUCGCCUGAUAACGGCCGAGGCUCGAGCUUGGUUAUGACUGCUAGCUGCGGAGGGUUGUAUCCGUCGUUCUAUUCGCCGCUGUACUCUGCGGCUAAAUUCGGAGUAGUAGGAUUCAUGCGAUCUAUAUCGCAACAUUUCCACGCAAGCGGGAUUCGCGUCAACGCCAUCUGUCCUGGGAUCGUGCGCACCAAUCUUGUCGAUUCGACGGGUUGGGACAGUUUCCCGCCUGGUCGGUUCAUCGAUGUGGAAACGAUUGCCAGACUUGUUCUCCAGCUUGUGGAUGGCGGCGAACCUGCGGGUCGGGGCUUGACUGAUACACCCGGUAAACAUUUAGCGCAGGAGGAACUGUACGGAGUUGCGGUGGAGAUUUCGGAUAGUGGGGUCUAUUUUAGGGAUCAUCAUGCAUUUUGUGAUGAGGGCAUGCGUGAGGUUAUGGAGGCGACGGUAGUCGAGAAUCAGGUGGGUGCUGUUCUUAAUGGAUAG